UAGCUGGCAGUGUGUGUGUCAGGUCGCGCUGUGUUACGCUCCUUGACCGCGUUCCUCGAUUCUGGUGGCCUGUGUGUAAAUGCGUUUACGGCGGCAGUUGUGUCAUUAUGCCGCGGAAAUAGAAAGUAUAAACCGUAAAUUCAUUCACUGAUGUGUAGGUGUGUCAGACGGGAGGAAAGUAGAGGGAAAUUAAGUGCGUUUAGAUAUGAAGUUUUGAAUGAUCAGACUCUGAAAAAAUAAAAUAUCCGAUGCUGUCAAAUCGUUCGUAUCCUGUAACACGGUGUGCGAGAAUUUUUUUAUUUUUUUAUGGAUGAGAAUAAAGAGGUGCAUUGAGGAGAAGCCAGGCCUUAUAUGCUAAGGAUUUCUAACUUUAUCAGAAAAGCUGAAACGUAUACUAACAACGCUCAUGUAUCACGGAGCAUAGACAACUUUUUGUCGACUUUUUAAAUUCAGAUUGAUCGAAGAUGUUGGUUGUUUUUCUGCUCUCUUGCUGGAUGGCCCUUUUGGAUGUAACGCAAGGAGAGGUGCCCAGGUCUUCAGGUCCCUUGUCAGAGGUGGUGGCCAUCGAGGGAGGGAGCGUGACUCUGCCUUGUAACAUCACGCCGCCAUCGGCCCGAGAUUCGCCCAUUCUGGUGCUCUUCUAUAAUGGAGUCACUGGGAUGCCCGUUUACAGCAUCGACGCCCGCAACGGGCCCUUGGAGACCUCCAUCCACUGGUCCGAACUGGGCUUGAGGGCGCGAUUCGACACCGCCUCCUCGCCCCAGGGACUCGUCCUCCAGAACGUCACGGCCAGUGACGACGGGGACUAUCGCUGUCGGGUAGACUUCGGGUCGUCCCCGACCAGAAAUCUCAGGGUCAAGUUGAUGGUUGUGGUGCCUCCCCGGCGAAUCAGCAUCACCAAUCAAUCGGGGCUGGAGCUGAGCGGAAUCAUCGGACCUUAUCCCGUGAAGGGCAAGCUAACUCUCACGUGUCAGACCACAGGAGGCAAACCAAAGCCACAGAUCACGUGGUGGCAUGGGACCUCCCUCUUAGACGAAGUCAUGGAGUACAGUGAGGGAGAAAUCGCGACGAAUAUGCUGACGCUGCCUAACCUCUCGCGUCAGCACCUGUUUCGGCUGCUGACGUGCAACGCCACGAACUCGAAUAUGUCGCGACCCCUUUCGGCGUCAGUCACUUUAGACAUGACUUUUCCCCCGAUGGAAGUCAGAAUUUUGGAGAACAAUUCCCCGCUCUCCGAAGGCCAGAAAUAUAAGAUGGUGUGUGAAGCCAUGGGGUCGAGGCCACCUGCCUCACUCACCUGGUACCUGGAUGGAGUUCAGGUUCCCAACAGCAAAGAUCAGAUCUUGCACGACGGGAACAUGACUCGCUCGAUCGUGUACAUCGAGCCCUCCCGAAACGACAAUGGAGAGAUUCUCUCCUGCAGGGCGGACAAUCCCCUGCUGGAGGGAGGGGCCGUGGAGGAUGCUAAGAAACUCAACGUUUACUAUUCUCCUAAACUGCAGCUUCACACGGGCCUGGGUCUCGACGUCACGAACAUCAAGGAAGGAGAUGACAUCUAUUUCGAGUGCAACAUACAGGCAAACCCUCCGGUAUCGAAAGUCCAGUGGUUCCUUGAUGGAAGGGAGCUGGAGCACAACAAAACGUUCGGAGUGAUCCAGAGUAACAUGAGCCUCGUCCUCCAGAAAUUAAGUCGGAAUUCCUCUGGAUUCUACACCUGCAGAGGCACCAACGUGCAAGGCUCGGCCGUGUCUAACGCUGUCCAGCUCAAAGUGAAAUUUUCACCAAUAUGUGCGGAAAACCAGAAGUGGGUCUAUGGCGGAGGGCGACGACAGGCAGUGAACGUGUCCUGUGAGGUGGAGGGACAUCCUCCGGCCAGGUUCUUCCGCUGGGCCUUCAACACCUCCAGCGAGUACAUGGACAUCCCCAAGGAGGAUAUAUCAACGUUCAACGGCAGCAGCGUGGUCACCUAUACGCCCCACACUCACCACGAUUUCGGGUCGCUCCUCUGCUGGGGCAUCAAUGAUGUCAACGUGCAGCAGAAACCCUGUGUCUUCCAUGUUGUACCAGCAGCACCCCCAGAAUCAGUGCACAACUGCAGCGCGUGGCACAACGCCAGCGCAGCCGGCGAGGUGGUCGUGGCAUGCCAGGCGGGAUGGAGUGGAGGACUGUCCCAAACCUUCACCCUCGAAGUCCGAGUGGGGCCCUCGUCUUCAGGGGACCAGUCUUCGGGCACGGUGUUGGCCGCACUCAUGGAUCAGAUCGAGCCCCACUUCACGGUGACCGGUCUGGCCCCUGGCACCGAAUACGAGCUGGCCAUCAUAUCGUCCAACGCCCAGGGCACGGCCAAGCCAACGCGAAUCAUCUACCUGACGCCCAUCGACGUCGCGGAAAAACGGACCAGCGCUGCCGCGGCGGACGCGGAAGGACCCUUCCAGUUAUUCGCGAUGACGCCCUUGCUGGCGGUGCUGACGGGCGUCGUGCUGUCGGUUCUCCUCCUCUGCUUCAUCAUCUUGGGCGUAGUGAUCAAGAUGCGGAAGGCCAGAAACAGGGAGCAGACACAGACGAAGAUCCUCUAUGACAAGGCGUCGACGAAUACCAACGGAUGCGACGAAGGUGGCUUCAUACAGCAACAGCCGCAAGCUCAGGAUCCACAGCCAGAUAUUAUCCUCGUUAAAACAGCAGAAGCCGACACCGAGCGAAGCCGUCAGCUGAUCCAGGAGUGUUCCUUACCGCUCGAAGAAUCAUACUGUGACAGUUCCAGCAGCUUGCUGAAUAAUGGAGGACCUGUGCCGUGCGAGACAGACAGCCUCCUCCAGAACCUCGCCAGGGACGCAGGCCGUUGCAGCAGCGUCGGCGGCGCCAGUGCCUCGGCGCCCUUCCACACGGGAUCCUUAGGACGCAAGUCUUAUUCUUCCAUAGGGCACGAGACCCCUCCUGUGUCUUAUACGGAAUCCACUUACUCCUUAAGAAGGCAGAAGGGAUUCCAUUCUCAAGACUCCGACUGUGACUCUGCGCAGAUUCCGCUCGUCAUGAGUUCGCAGUCAGGGACACGAGAAAGUUGCGUUUAGAUGGACUUAGUUUAACGGGCAAUUGAAUCAAUAUACCAAGAGUUAACCUUCACCAUACUUCCAUUAUUAGUUUAUUUAUCAAAAUGGUGUCUUACUACCGACGGUGGAAAGUCUAUAUAUAUAAAUAUAUAUAUAUUCAUAUUUUGUACACGGUGGAGCAUAACAGGGAAAUUUGCCGAUUGUUAAAUUAAGUACGCUUUCUCUACAAAGGACUAUGUCAACCCUGACGAGCGGAUCGGCUCUCGUAGCAUAGAAAACGAGAUUUUAUUUUAUUUUAUAUAAUAUGAUUCGAUUCCUCGUUCUACAAUGUGAAAUAUGACAUUUUCCUCGCACAAAUAGAAUGAAGAGGAAAAUUGUGUCAAAGCUGCCAAUAUACUACACAUAGUUAGAUGAAGACUGAUUACACAUAAUGCCAAUUACAGAUGAAAUUAUAUGCACACAUUUAUAUAAAGUGGGGACAUAUUCACAUGUCUUUUCUAUGAUUCUUCCUGAAGUUUGGGUUGGUGUAUUCAUUGUGAAUUUUAAUAAUGUUGGUUUAUUUGAGAAUAAAACUUCAGUUAUCCCGUAAAGGAAUAAAAAGCAAAAUAUUCAUAUCAAUGGGCUCUUUAGCUGAUAAAACAUGCAGAAAUAAAGGAAACUUGUCAAGAAAUCAAAUCCAGAAAAGUUAAGAGGAACUGAUAUUUAAGUGUCCACAUUAUAUCUAAAAAUGUUCCUACUGGCAGAUUUGGCCAAAUAUUUACAUGUAAAUUUUAUUCGCGAGUUUUACUGUCUCAGAAUUGGGAAAAUAUUUGGUGAAAAAUUAACCAUUACAGAUUUUCUCAAGCCUUUCAGAAACUGAUACUCUUCAUGAAUUUUACCUGAGCACAUUCAGGCAAUAUAAAACAUCAUGCGUUAGAUUCAUAUUUUUACUAAACAAGAUUUUUUUAACUAUGUGCAAAAUUAACACCUCAUUUACAAGUGCAAUGAACAAGCCGAUUCUCUUAUUAAAAGGUUUCCUUAUUUUUAUGUUCUCGCCGAUUAUGUGAAAGAGCCAAGCGGAAAAUGAACCUUAAUUAUUUGGCUUUCCAAUGUUCUCGAAAUUACUCAAAUAACUUAAGUAGUUCUAAUGAAAUUCACCAGAAUUAAUAACCUUAAAUGAGGUCAUUUAAAGAGCUGGACCAAUUCUGAGUAAAGGGUAAAGGUUUGUUUAUAAACUGAUGGGUUAAUUUUCUGGAGAGAGAGAGAGAGAGAGAGAGAGAGAGAGAGAGAAUUGUCACAGCACGAGAGGAGAGAAGGCAAUUUUCUUUAUAAUUGCCAAACUGAAAUAGGACAGACUACGAGUGUCUCACUGUAAAACCAGCGCAUGAAAGAUUUCGUUCAUCCUGUUAAAACAUAAUAGAAAUGUAUGAGAUUUAAUGAAAAAGAUGCAUUACUGGCCUUAAAGCUGAUAACUAAAAAAAUUGUUUAAGUUUUGUAGGGAAAUUGCAAUGCUGAAGAAAUAUUUUUUGUUAUAAAUUAAAAAUAUGUGUGUGUUUGUGCCACAUACACUUUUACAUGCAUUGAACAAUUUCAAUCAAACUUGGUAUUUAUAUACCUUAGCAUCGGGGAAAGACUACUGUGGGGGUAAGACAUCACUGGCACCAAAGGGAGGGGGGUUGUGGGGAAGGGAGUUGGAAAGGGGUGAAAAUUAAAAUAACUGAAAAUGACAGCUAUUAGUGUCAAAUCCAUAAUUUUUGAGGUCAAUGAGAUUAAUAAUGACACUCCCAAAACCCUUCAAGUCCAAGUUUAGCCCCAAGGGGGGAGGUGGAAAAAAGUAAGAAAAGGGGUGACGUGUAAAAAUAGCCAAAAAGGACAAAUUUUAAUGUCUAAUCCAUAGUUUUCGAGGCUGCUGAGAUUAAUAGUGACACUCCUGAGGCUGUUCAAGUUCAGCUCCAAUAUGGAGGGAGGUGGAAAGAGUGGGAAUGGGGUGAUGUAAAAAUAACCUAGAACAACAGAUAUUAGUGUCAAACCCAUAAUUUUUGAGGUUGCCAAGAUGAAUAGUGACAUUCCUGAUGCCUUCAAGUCAAAGUUCAACCCCAAUAGGGAGGGGGUUGGGAAGGGGGUGACAUGUAAAAGUGACCGAAAACUACAGAUAUUAGUGUCUUAAUCCAUAGUUUUUGAGGCCGCUGAGAUUAACAGUGACGUUCUCUGCCUUCAAAUCCAAGUUCAGUUCCAAUAGGGAGGAGGGUGGAAAUGAGGUGACAUAUAAAAGUAAUCUCAAACUACAAAUAUUAGUGUCAAACCCACAGUUUUUGAGGUCGCUGAGAUGAAUGGUGAUGCUCCCGAGGCCCUUCAAGUCCAAUUUCAGCUCCGCUAGGGAGGGGGAUGGAAAGGAGUAGGAAUGGGUGACAAGUAUAAAUGACCUAAAACAACAGAUAUUAGUGUCUAAUCCAAAGUUUUCGAGGUCGCUGAGAUGAAUAGUGACUCCUGAUGCCCUCCAGUCCAAGGUUAGCUCCGAUAAGGAGGGGGUGGAAAGAGGUGGGAAUGGGGCGACGUAAAAAAAAACAUAAAACGACAGAUAUAAGUGUCUAAUCCAUAGUUUUUGAGGUUGCAGAGAUGAACAGUAAAGCUCCUAAUGGUACUGAAGUCCAAGUUCAGCCCCAAUAGAAAGGGGAGUGAGAAGGGGGUGACUUAUAAAAAUAACAGAAAACAACAGAUAUUAAUGUCUAAUACACAGUUUUUGAGGUCGCUGAGAUGAAUAGUGAUAACCCUAAAUGGCCAUCAAGUCCAUGUGCAGCCCCAAUAGGAAGGGGGGUGGGAAGGGUAUGACAUGUAAAAAUAGCUGAACACGAUAAUGUCAGUUGUCUAAUUUACAGUUUUCAAGGUCGCCGAGAUGAACAGUGACACUUCCAAUACCCUUUAAGUCCAAGUUUAGCCUCGAUAGAAAGACGGGGUGAGGAGGGGUUGGGAAGGUGGUGACUUUAAAUAAUCGAAAACUACAGAUAUUAGUGUCUAAUCCAUAGCUUUUGAGGUUGCCAAGAUGAAUAGUGACACUCCCAGUGCCUGUGAAGUCCGAGUUCAGCCCCGCUAGGAAGGGGGGCGAGACGUGGUGGUAAAAAAUAAAAUUUCAAAAAUUAUGUAUAUUAAGUGUCUAAUCCAUAGAUUUUGAGAUCACUGGGAUAAACAGAGACACUCCCAGUGCCCUUCAAGUCCAAGUUCAGCCCCAGUAGGAAUAGAGGUGAGAAGUGGUGAAAUAUAAAUUGUUAAAAAUGCUGGGAAAUGUAACUGAGACAAUAAUCUUAACAAGAGAGAGAGAGAGAGAGAGAGAGAGAGAGAGAGAGAGUAUAGGGGUUUUGGGAGGAGAGAGAAAGUUUAUCAGUUAUCAUUCAUUUUCCUAGGCAGUGCCAGGUUGGUCAGCUAGUAUGUAUGUACAUAUAUAUAUAUCUAUAUAUAUAUAUUAUUAUA